GGUGGGCGGCAGUCGACGGCGACGGUCGAGCGGUGACGGUCGAUCGUGAUCGUUCGCGAAACGAGUCGAGGGAAGAUAUCCCGCGCGAGUCGCGGAAGAACGUCGUCGAAGGAAGGUGUUCCGCGUGCGAUGAUUGCAUGAUACGCGUGAUACAUUGUGUGCGUAUCCAGUCCGUGGAGCUUGGAGCGAGGUUAAGUGCGCCGCGAGUUUGGCAGUACGAGGAGAGCGUGAAUUCGGCAGUGUGAAACGUCACGCGAUGCACAGGACUAGUGUAACGACCGCGGCAACGGCCGCUCGUCGUCGGACUUUGAUAGACGCAGCCAUGACGCGUAACGAUGUCCUUUGGCCCCUGUUGCUGCUACUGCUGACCUUGUCCAGCUUCGCGAGUCCGGUUGUCAGUGAAGAAAAUGGUCAUUGUAUAUGGUAUGGAGUAUGUUACACGGAUAGUUUUUUGCACAAAAAGUAUUGUCCUUACGACGGACCAGCGAAACCAUUGAAUUCUGAUGGACAAGAAUUGCUGGCUAAGAAUUGUCCACAUUUAUUGGUGGAUGAUGGAAAAGGAAUUAAUACUUGCUGCGAUGCGGAUCAGCUUACUACAUUAAACACGAAUGUCCAGCUUGCGGCAAAUUUCUUAAAAAGAUGCCCUAGUUGUUUAGAUAAUUUAGCGAAGCAUUUUUGCGAUUAUACAUGUGGUGUUAACCAAAGCAAAUUUAUCAAUAUUACGGAGAAAGCAACGGACGAAGCAAAAGGUGUAGAAUAUAUUAAUGGGAUAGAUCUAUAUAUAACGAACAGAUAUCUUGACGGAACGUUUAACUCGUGCAAUAAAGUGUCGGUGCCGAGUACGGGGCAGUUAGCAUUGGAUUUAAUGUGCGGAGAAUGGGGAGCGAGUAGAUGUACUGCUUUGAAAUGGUUUCACUAUAUGGGUGAUGCGGCGAAUAAUAUUUACGUACCUUUCCAAAUCACAUAUGUGAAUACUGAUCAACCUGUCGGAUCAUUUGAGCCAGUAGAUCCUGUAAUUACACCAUGCAGUAAGGCGUUAAACAAAAACACUCCAGCUUGCAGCUGCGUUGAUUGUGAACAAAGUUGUCCAGUACCACCGCCGAUGCCUCCACUACCAAAACCAUUCUCAAUAUUCAGUUACGAUGGUUACGAAGUUAUAAUGACAAUUAUUUUUAUAUGCGGUUCCUGUCUUUUCCUUCUGUUAAUGAUGUGUUUCAGCCAUAGGAAGCGUAUAGUUGCACGAGGAGAGGAGGUAGGAAGACAGGUGGGUAGACGGCUAGCUGCCGGAUUACACCACCCAGGAGAUGGUGCUCGUAUUGCCCUCGCCGCUGACCAAGAAGACAGUCCACUACAGUCUAAGCGUUCCAGUGUUAUAUCCAGUGAUGAGUUACCAUCUGGAUUUGAUGACCAAGAACAAUCUACCUUUAUUGAGAAGCUUGGAGCAGGUACUGACAAAUUUUUGCAAGAGUUCUUUUGCAAGUGGGGAACAUUUUGCGCUUCUCGACCUUGGUUAAUACUUUUCCUUGGCUUCCUAUUGAUUGUUGCCUUGGGACAUGGCAUAAAAUACAUGCAAGUUACUACAGAUCCUGUAGAAUUGUGGGCAUCCCCGCAUUCUCGAUCGCGCGUUGAAAGGGAAUAUUUCGAUAAACACUUCGAACCCUUUUAUCGAAAUGAACAAAUUAUUAUCACUGCUGUUGGCUUACCGAAUAUUAUACACAAUACCACCAAUGGACCAAUUGUAUUCGGCCCUGUGUUUAAUGACACUUUUCUAAAAACAGUCUUUGAAUUGCAAGAAGGCAUUAAAAGUAUAAUUACUUCUAACAACUACACAUUAGCGGAUAUAUGUUUCGCCCCUUUAACUGGACCAUUUACCGGUCCAACAACUGUUAAGCAAUGCACUAUUCAAAGCAUUUGGGGCUACUGGCAAGACAAUUUAUCAAAAUUUGACUCUACAGACGAAGAAGGGAAUUACACAGUAAACUAUUUGGAUCAUUUCAAAGCUUGCUCACAAAAUCCAUAUAAUCCUGAGUGUCUCGCACGUUAUGGCGGCCCUGUGGAGCCAGCAAUUGCAGUGGGUGGAUUUUUGUCGCCGGGACAAGAUCUUCAUGAUUCACCAUAUGAAAAGGCGACCGCUGUAAUUCUUACUUUUCUUGUAAACAAUUAUCACAACAAAGCCAAAUUAUUACCCGCUAUGGAAUGGGAAGAAAGCUUUAUCAACUUUAUGAAAAAUUGGACGGCAACGAGAAAGCCGGCGUUUAUGGACAUAGCAUUUACGUCCGAGCGUUCUAUCGAGGAUGAAUUGAAUCGUGAAUCUCAAUCAGACAUUGUGACUAUUCUGGUAUCAUAUAUUAUUAUGUUCGGAUAUAUCGCAGUGUCUCUUGGUCAAAUUAGAUCAUGUGCUCGCCUUUUGCACGAUUCUAAGAUUACUCUUGGACUCGGAGGUGUACUCAUAGUGUUGGCAUCUGUGAUUUGUUCCGUUGGAUUGUUCGGCUUUAUUGGUAUACCAGCCACGCUGAUCAUCAUCGAGGUCAUUCCAUUCUUGGUACUGGCAGUCGGAGUAGAUAAUAUUUUUAUUCUUGUUCAAACUCAUCAGAGGGAAGGCAGACGCCCGAAUGAAUCGAUCCCGGAACAUAUCGGCCGUACGUUGGGUCAAGUUGGUCCUAGUAUGUUACUCACAAGUGUAUCGGAAAGCUGUUGCUUCUUCCUUGGUGGUCUUUCUGAUAUGCCUGCCGUGAAAGCGUUUGCUCUCUAUGCUGGAAUGGCAUUAUUAGUAGACUUCAUAUUACAAAUUACAUGUUUCGUCAGUCUUUUAGCACUUGACACGAUUCGGCACGCAAAUAACAGGCUAGAUGUAUGCUGCUUUAUUCGCUCUAAGCGUGAUGAUGGAGAAGAAGUUGUAGAUGGAAUGUUGUAUAAAAUUUUCAAAGUCGCAUAUGUUCCGUUGUUGCUGCAGAAAUGGGUUCGCACGGUUGUGAUGAUUGUAUUUUUCGGUUGGCUCUGCAGCAGUAUUGCCGUAAUACCACAUAUCGAAAUUGGCCUAGAUCAGGAACUGUCUAUGCCCGAAGAUAGUUAUGUGCUUAAAUAUUUCAAGUUCUUGAAUAAUUACUUGUCAAUUGGACCACCAAUGUAUUUCGUUGUUAAAGAUGGCCUAAAUUAUUCAAAUACAGAAGUGCAAAACUUAAUAUGCGGUGGGCAAUAUUGUAACAGCGAUUCAGUGUCGACGCAAAUAUUUACAGCAUCUAAACAAUCCAACAGAACUUACAUAGCCAAGCCUGCUUCGUCUUGGAUGGAUGAUUAUAUCGAUUGGUCGGGAUUAUCUGAUUGUUGCAAAUACUUUCCUACGAACAGUUCAUUCUGUCCACACACCGGUCGGAGUUGUAAAAGUUGCAAUAUCACUUUAAAUGAAUUCAACAGACCAAUGCCUGUUGAUUUCGAUCGAUAUAUAUCAUUCUUUCUGCAAGACAAUCCCGAUGAUGUAUGUGCUAAAGGAGGUCACGCAGCUUACGGACAUGGUGUGAAUUACAUUACCGAUCCUCACACGGAAAUGUCAACAGUCGGUGCUUCAUAUUUCAUGGCUUACCACACUAUUCUCAAAACUUCAGCCGAUUAUUACGAAUCGAUGAGAGCAGCCAGAGUAGUGGCGGCGAAUAUUACAAACAUGCUGAACUGUAACUCGAAAAGGCUCAAUGAAAGCGCUACUAUAGAAGUUUUCCCCUACAGUGUUUUCUACGUAUUUUAUGAGCAGUAUCUAACUAUGUGGCCCGAUACGUUGCAGAGUAUAGGAAUUUCAUUGCUGGCUAUAUUUGUUGUCACUUUCUUAUUAAUGGGCUUGGAUAUCUUCUCAUCAUUCGUGGUUCUAAUUACGAUUACGAUGAUCGUCGUUAAUAUUGGUGGCUUAAUGUACUGGUGGCAUAUAACUUUGAAUGCCGUAUCUCUAGUAAAUCUUGUUAUGGUAAGUGCUUAUCGGAGAACAAUUUCAAUUUAUAUUGUUACAUGGAUCGGUUAUUAGUACGUUUUUCAUAGU